AUGUGGCUGCGGCUUGGCCCGCCCUCGCUGUCCCUGAGCCCCAAGUCCACGAUUGGCCGGAGCCUGUGCCUCACCCUGUGGUUCCUCAGCUUGGUGCUGAGGGCCAGUACCCAGGCCCCAGCACCCACAGUCAAUACUCACUUUGGGAAGCUAAGGGGUGCCCGGGUGCCACUGCCCAGUGAGAUCCUGGGGCCUGUGGACCAGUACCUGGGGGUGCCCUACGCAGCUCCCCCCAUCGGCGAAAAACGUUUCCUGCCCCCUGAGCCACCCCCAUCCUGGUCGGGCAUCCGGAACGCCACACACUUUCCCCCAGUGUGCCCCCAGAACAUCCACACGGCCGUGCCCGAAGUCAUGCUGCCCGUCUGGUUCACUGCCAACUUGGAUAUUGUCGCUACUUACAUCCAGGAGCCCAACGAAGACUGCCUCUACCUGAAUGUCUAUGUGCCCACGGAGGAUGUAAAGCGGAUUUCCAAGGAAUGCGCCCGAAAGCCCAACAAGAAAAUUUGUAGGAAAGGAGGAUCCGGCGCUAAGAAACAGGGCGAGGACUUAGCGGAUAAUGACGGGGAUGAAGAUGAAGACAUCCGGGACAGUGGCGCUAAGCCUGUCAUGGUCUACAUCCAUGGAGGUUCGUACAUGGAAGGGACAGGCAACAUGAUUGACGGCAGCGUCCUCGCCAGCUAUGGCAACGUCAUCGUCAUCACCCUCAACUAUCGGGUUGGGGUGCUAGGUUUCCUGAGCACUGGCGAUCAGGCUGCCAAGGGCAACUAUGGGCUCCUUGACCAAAUCCAGGCCCUCCGCUGGGUGAGCGAGAACAUUGCCUUCUUUGGUGGCGAUCCCCGCCGUAUUACCGUCUUCGGCUCGGGCAUUGGUGCGUCCUGUGUCAGCCUCCUCACGCUGUCGCAUCACUCCGAGGGGCUUUUCCAGAGGGCCAUCAUCCAAAGUGGUUCUGCCCUGUCCAGCUGGGCCGUGAACUACCAGCCGGUGAAGUACACCAGCCUGCUGGCGGACAAGGUAGGCUGUAAUGUGCUAGACACGGUGGACAUGGUGGACUGUCUUCGUCAAAAGAGUGCCAAGGAGCUGGUAGAGCAGGACAUCCAGCCAGCCCGCUACCAUGUGGCCUUUGGCCCUGUGAUCGAUGGCGACGUCAUUCCUGAUGACCCUGAGAUUCUCAUGGAGCAGGGCGAGUUCCUCAACUAUGACAUCAUGCUAGGUGUCAACCAGGGCGAGGGGCUCAAGUUUGUGGAAGGGGUGGUGGACCCUGAGGAUGGCGUCUCAGGCACUGAUUUUGACUACUCAGUCUCUAACUUUGUGGACAAUCUGUAUGGCUAUCCUGAGGGCAAGGACACCCUGCGGGAGACCAUCAAGUUCAUGUACACAGACUGGGCAGACCGUGACAAUCCGGAGACCCGCCGCAAAACACUGGUGGCGCUCUUCACUGACCACCAAUGGGUGGAGCCCUCGGUAGUGACCGCUGAUCUGCACGCCCGCUACGGGUCACCUACAUACUUCUACGCCUUCUACCACCACUGCCAGAGCCUCAUGAAGCCUGCUUGGUCAGAUGCAGCUCAUGGGGACGAAGUACCCUACGUUUUUGGUGUCCCUAUGGUAGGCCCCACCGACCUCUUCCCCUGCAAUUUCUCCAAGAAUGAUGUCAUGCUCAGUGCUGUUGUCAUGACCUACUGGACCAACUUUGCCAAGACCGGGGAUCCCAACAAGCCGGUCCCCCAGGACACCAAGUUCAUUCACACCAAGGCCAACCGCUUUGAGGAAGUGGCCUGGUCCAAAUACAAUCCCCGAGACCAGCUCUACCUUCACAUCGGGCUGAAACCAAGGGUCCGCGAUCAUUACCGGGCCACCAAGGUGGCCUUCUGGAAACACCUGGUGCCCCACCUAUACAACCUGCAUGACAUGUUCCACUAUACGUCCACAACCACCAAAGUGCCGCCCCCGGAUACCACCCACAGCUCCCACAUCACCCGCAGGCCCAACGGCAAGACCUGGAGCACCAAGCGGCCAGCCAUCUCCCCUGCCUACAGCAAUGAGAAUGCCCAGGGUUCCUGGAACGGGGACCAGGAUGCAGGGCCCCUCCUGGUGGAGAACCCUCGUGACUACUCCACUGAGUUAAGUGUCACCAUCGCCGUGGGGGCCUCCCUCCUGUUCCUUAACGUUCUAGCCUUUGCUGCCCUCUACUACCGCAAGGACAAACGGCGUCAGGAGCCCCUGCGGCAGCCCAGCCCUCAGAGGGGUGCCGGGGCCCCUGAAUUGGGAGCUGCUCCUGAGGAGGAGCUGGCAGCUUUACAGCUGGGCCCUACCCACCACGAAUGUGAGGCUGGUCCCCCCCACGACACACUGCGCCUCACUGCACUGCCUGACUACACACUGACCCUGCGUCGUUCUCCUGACGACAUCCCACUCAUGACACCCAACACCAUCACUAUGAUUCCCAACUCCCUGGUAGGGCUGCAGACAUUGCACCCCUACAACACCUUUGCCGCAGGAUUCAACAGUACUGGGCUGCCCCACUCACACUCCACUACCCGGGUAUAGCUCCAGCCCAGAGCACAGCCUAUCUCCUGGCUCCCUCCUGCCCAAAUCCAUGGACACACACGCACCCACAGACACGCACAGACACACGUGUAAGCACGCGCACACACACACACAUACACACAGAGACACAUACACGCAGAUAUGUAGACACACACACCCACACCUGACAGCAGACCCACCUGCACAAACAUAGACAGAUGUGGACAUGCACCCGCAUGUACAAAAACACAAAUAAGGAAGUAAACCUGAACAAACCCUUCAAAUGGGGACGCAAGUGAGUCCUUGGGAAACUGAGGACCUGUGGAACAGCAGCUGAAGCCAGCUCCCUGAGCCUGAUCACAGACACUCCUGGGGGCCCAAAAGCACCAGCUGGACACCCCCUUGGUGCUCGCCUUCCACCUCUUUUGGAACUGCACCACCCACCAACUCCAGACUUGGGAGCUUUAAAGAGCAGAGUAGCUCUUUCUCCCCCCAGACUUGGUCUUUUUUCUGGGUCUUGUUUUUGUUGAUUUUUAAAAUAAUUUUGGAACACAUGCCUCUCCAACCCAUGAGCGCAAAGAGGCUCUGGAAGGGAGGCUCCAGGCCCAUGUCUGUGUGGCUCUGGCACCCCCAGGGCUCACACAAUCCGGCCAAGGAACAUGACCCUCCCAAGAAAGAAACAGAUUUGAGCAAGACCAUGGGGUGGAAGAAGGAAGGGGCUACUGCCGGAUGGGGUUGGAGGGCCACAGGGGAGAACUCUCCAGCCAUCUAUCUCUGCGUCCCUGUGGAGGGCUCUAGAGACUGCAGGGUGACCUGCUUUCCCCCAAAGGCCAGGAUCACUGGCCUGGCUAGACCAGGGGACCCUAGAUUUGGUGAAUGAGGUUCUGGUGGAGGUCGUCGCUAUGGGGCCCCUGGGUGUAAUCUGGGUUCUGCCUCUGCCCUUGGGGUAAUGGUAUCAGAAAUUCGCCCCAUUUUCUUUACCAAGUCUCUUUUGUGUCUGUCAUUUCUCUUUCAAAAAGGCGGUGUUUUUUUGUUGUUGUUGGCUUUUUUUUUUUAAAGAAAAGUUCUUAAAACACUAACGGAAA